AUGGCUCAAGUCGUAGAUAAGAUUGUCAACUCAACCGUCGGAGACGCUAAGAAGAGACAGAUGGAUGGGUUCACACUCGAACAGAAUGACAAGACCCCUCUUACCUCUUACUUCGGAACUAAGAUCGCAGAGACGGACAUCGCUCUGAGAGCGGGUGCCAGGGGACCUACCGUUCUUGAGGACUUCCACAAUCGAGAGAAGAUCUCUCAUUUCGACCACGAACGUAUCCCAGAGCGAGUUGUCCACGCUCGAGGUGCAGCUGCAUUUGGAGAAUUCAAAUUGCACACUCCUUUAACUGGUUUGACCACCGCUAAGAUCCUCACCGACACAAGCAAGACUACCCCUGCAUACGUUCGAUUCUCGACCGUAGGAGGAUCGAGAGGUUCCGCCGAUUCUGUCAGAGAUCCAAGAGGUUUCGCCGCUCGUUUCUACACCGACGAAGGCAACUGGGACCUUGUAGGCAACAACAUCCCUGUGUUCUUCAUUCAAGACGCCAUCAAAUUCCCCGAUCUCAUUCACGCCGUGAAGCCCGAACCUCACAACGAAAUUCCCCAAGCUCAAACUGCCCACGAUAACGCCUGGGACUUCAUGGGUUUACACCCACAAUCCACCCAUAUGCAACAAUGGGCCAUGUCCGAUCGAGCCAUUCCCCGAUCGUUCAGACACAUGCAAGGUUUCGGUGUACACACUUUCAGACUCCUUGAUGCCGAGGGCAAGUCGACUUUCGUCAAGUAUCACUGGACACCUCAUCUCGGUACCCACUCAUUAGUAUGGGAUGAGGCGCUCAAGCUCGCUGGUCAAGAUCCAGAUUUCCACCGAAGAGAUCUGUGGGAUGCCAUCGAAGCUGGUGCUUACCCCAAGUGGGAAUUGGGUGUACAAUUAGUCAAAGAAGAAGAUGAACACAAAUUCGACUUUGACUUGCUGGAUUCCACCAAAAUCAUCCCCGAAGAUUUGGUACCAGUCAAGAACAUCGGUACUCUCACUCUUAACCGAAACCCUGUUGACUACUUUGCAGAAGUUGAACAAGUCGCUUUCUGUACCCAACACAUUGUUCCUGGUAUGGACUUCACUUCAGACCCUCUCUUGGCUGGUCGAAACUUCUCGUACCAAGAUACUCAAAUAUCCCGACUCGGUAUCAACUUCGGUGAUAUCCCCGUUAACAGACCUGUUUGUCCAUUCAUGACGAACCAGAGGGAUGGACAAAACACCAUGUUCAGCAAGACCAACAGGACUGCCUACCACCCUAACAGAUUUGAUGCUUUACCUACCACCGAACCUGCUAAGGGAGGUUUCCGAUCUUACCAUGAGACUGUAUCAGGUAUUAAGGAUAGAUUACAUGGACCUAAAUUUAAUGAAUUCGUGUCACAAGCUCAACUCUUCUACAACUCGAUGUCUGAACCUGAGAAGAAAAACAUCAUCUCAGCUUACCAAUUCGAGUUAUCUAAAUGUUACGAGACCCAAGUCCAACAGACCGCUUUGAACCGAAUCAACUUGAUCGACCAUGAUCUCGCUUUGGCUGUUGCUGAAUCACUCAAGGACGUCACCGUACCAGAUGCCGUGCCAAACCACGGUAAGAAGUCCGCCUUCUUAUCUCAAAUUACCGGAAAGACCCAAACCUUCACUGCCGAAGGUCGAAAAGUUGGUGUUUACCUCUUACCUGGAUACUCAUACGCUCAGGUAGAACCUAUCAAGAUCGCUUUGGCAGCUGCAGGAGUGAUGGUCAAAUUCGUAGGACCAGCGACAGGAAUGGUUGAAGCCGGAAAUGGUCAAACCCAAAAUGCCGAAUUCACCUUAGAGAACUCCCGAUCGACCUAUUUCGACGCGUUGAUCUUCAUUGGUGGUGAUUCCGAUGAUUACACCAAGAAGAUGAAGAAUGGUAGAUUAAUUCAUGCUGCUCGAGAAGCCUAUAUGCACCUUAAGGCUAUCGCUGCUACCGGUAACGCAGUAGGCUGGUUGACCGAUCUGGCUCUCCCUGGCGAUCUACCGGCAGAUGCCAAAGCUAAGGAAGAGAUCACCCAGGCCAAUGGUGUGCUCCUUGCUCCUUCUGUCGGUACUGGUGCCCAGUUCUCUCAACAGUUCUUGGACUCGGUAGCUAAGCACAGAGUAUGGGAUAGAGAGGUAGAGCAUAUUGCCGCGUAA